AUGAUGGUUGUUGGCGCCGCUCUUUCCUGUGCUCCCGUCUCUGUGGUUUUCAGUCCUCCAAGCGGCACACGUGUAGAUGGCUACCUUACGGUUCCACGAGCUGGGGCUGGACGAUCGGCUGCUGAAGGCCGUUGCUGACCUAGGAUGGGCCAAGCCAACUCUAAUCCAGGAGAAGGCCAUUCCCUUGGCCCUGGAAGGGAAAGACCUCCUGGCCCGGGCAAGGACAGGGUCGGGAAAGACUGCAGCCUAUCUAAUUCCGAUAAUCCAGAACCUUCUUCAAUCCAAAAUGACCGUGUCAGAACAAGCAGUCAGGGUGCUGAUUCUGGUUCCUACCAAGGAGUUGGGCCAACAAGUUCAGCAGAUGGUCCGGCAGCUGACAUCGUACUGCGCGCGUGAUGUCAGAGUUGCAGACAUCUCUGGUCAGGCUGACAUAUCUGCUCAAAGGCCUGUCCUGAUGGAGAAGCCAGACAUUGUGGUGGGAACCCCGUCGCGUGUUCUUUGUCACAUGAAUCAACAGACGCUAUGUGUACGUGAUACUCUGCAAGCACUGGUGAUAGAUGAAGCUGAUCUUGUAUUCUCAUUUGGAUUUGAGGAGGACUUGAAAAACUUGUUGUGCCAGUUCCCCAAGAUCUUCCAGUCUUUUCUUAUGUCGGCCACCUUCAAUGAGGAUGUCCAGGCGCUUAAGGAGCUUGUUCUGCAUAAUCCGGUAACACUUAAACUAGAGGAGUCCCAGCUACCCGACAGCUCCCAGCUCACCCAGUAUCAGAUCCAAUGUGACGAAGAGGACAAGUUCCUGCUGCUCUACACCUUGUUAAAGUUGUCUCUUGUCCGCGGGAAAACUAUUAUAUUUGUAAAUGAGGUUGAGAGGAGUUAUCGGCUAAAACUCUUCCUGGAACAGUUCAGUAUCCCGGCCUGUGUGCUGAACUCCGAGCUUCCGGUGCAGUCGAGGUGUCACAUCAUUGGGCAGUUUAAUCAGGGAUUCUACGAUUACAUUAUCGCGACGGACGAACAUUCAUUAUCCGAACCGACUGGAAGAGGGAGAAAUCAAGAAAAGAAGAAGAAAGGAGGAAAGGCAGAAAAGGCUCAGAGUAAUGAGUAUGGUGUGUCCCGAGGCAUUGACUUUCAGAAUGUUACCACAGUAUUGAACUUUGACUUCCCGCAGUCUGUUGACUCCUACAUCCACCGUGCUGGAAGGACUGCCCGUGCUAAUAACCCUGGAGUGGUUCUGACUUUUGUGGCCCAUACGGAGCUCCACCUGUUGUCUGAGAUCGAGGAAGCUCUGGGAGGAGAUGGCCCGGAGAAGUGCGCCCUGAGGCCGUAUCGCUUCCGCAUGGAGGAGGUGGAAGGAUUUCGGUACCGUUGCCGGGAUGCCAUGAGGUCGGUAACAAAACAAUCCAUAAAGGAAGCUCGUCUUAAGGAGAUCAAGGAAGAACUGCUUAACUCUGAAAAACUUAAGACAUAUUUUGAGGACAAUCCUCGAGAUUUUAACCUACUCCGCCAUGAUAAACCUCUCCAUCCUGCAGUCGUAAAGCCCCACCUUAAGAAUGUUCCGGAUUACCUGAUCCCCCCCAGCCUCCGCACCAUUGCUGAUCCUCUGAACCUGAAAAGAAAGAGAAGAAAAAUGAAACCCGCGAUAUCUAGAAUCCAGGAGACCAGGUCAAAGUUCUCGAGGCCAACGAACCCGCUGCGAAGCUUCAAAUACACGCAGAGCAGUAGAAGAAAAGGUCCUCGCAAAGGGGCAGAGGAAUCGUGAAUUACGGGGGUGGUUUAAACAAUCUUACUACAGCAUUUCGUACUAUACACACACCUCUAGGAUGAGAAAAGGGGUUGGGGCCAACAGAUAUGGUGUUAAAUGGACAAGCUGGGAUAACUUUGGCUGUUGAGAGGACUCUGUGCAUCCAUUGCCCUGUCCUGCCACUUAAGACUGAUGCUGUCAUAAAAAACGACAACCUGAUCUCUUAUGGUGUAUAUAGACAUGUUUAUUCCUCCCCACUUGUCCUAGUGCCCAGGUUUAGUAUCAGGCGAUCAGAUCCACAAUAAGUUCUCUGUAAAUAGCCUGAUAUUUAUUUCUGAGAAUGAUGCUAUGACCUCAUGCUCUGGUUUUCUUCCCCAUUUGUGGUCCUUCACAGUGACCCUUUUCAAUCCUGGAGGGUUUUUUCCACCCCGUUUUUGUCUUUUGAAAGAACCUGCAGGUAAUACUGCUGAGUGACAUCGAUUAGGGGUACCCCACGAAGCCAGAUGCAGCCCUUAGUGCUUUACUUUCACAACUCCUCCUUUUAUAGGUUUAUUAUAUGCAAUAUUAAUAUUUAAUAUUGCUUACGAUUUACACUAGACUUUUGUCAU